AUGGAAGUUGAUGCAGCAACGAUGAUGGGUGUUGGAAUUUGUGUGGCAUUUGUUAUCAUACUGCUAACGAAAGCACUGAAUUGGUUGUGGCUGGAGCCGAAAAGGGCAGAGAGAUUCCUCAGAGAACAAGGCCUAAAGGGAAACUCAUACACACUUUUCUUUGGAGACAUCAAACCAAUGACAACCAUGUUAAAGACAGCAAAAUCUAAACCCAUAAACAUCAACGAUGAUGUUGUACCUCGUCUCACUCCUUUUCUACAUCAACUCCUUAAAAUUUAUGGUAAGAAUUCGUUUUCAUGGUAUGGCCCCAAGCCUACAGUGAACAUUAUGGAUCCUGAAGCAAUAAAAGAAGUUCUGAAUAGGAUACAUGACUUUCCAAAGCCGACCUACAAUCCACUUGCCAAGUUCUUGAUAACAGGACUUGUAGACCUUGAGGGUGAAAAAUGGUCAAAACACAGAAAGAUUAUCAACCCUGCAUUUAAUCUCGCCAAGCUCAAGCUUGUGUUACCUGCAAUGUAUCAAAGUUGCAGCGAGAUGAUAAACGAAUGGAAGAUGUUAAUAUCUGAAAAAGGAACAGGAUCAUGUACGGUAGAUGUUUGGCCUUUUGUCAAUAGCUUAUCUGGUGAUAUGAUUUCUCGUACGGCUUUCGGAAGUAGCUAUGAAGAGGGGAGAAAAGUAUUUCAACUUCAAAAAGAACAAGCUGAACUUACUGCCAAGGUCCUUCUUUCUGUUUAUGUUCCAGGGUGGAGAUUUGUACCAACAAAAUUGAACAAGAGGAUGAAGGAGAUAGAGUAUGAAAUUCGAAAUGUGCUUAGAGGAAUUGUCCAAAAACAGGAGGCUGCAAUGAAGACAUGCAAAGCUGCAAAUGAUAACUUGUUGGGAUUACUAUUGGAAUCCAAUCAAAAGGAGAUAGAAGAUAAUGGACAAAACAAGAAUGUUGGAAUGAACACCGAUGAUGUAAUUAACGAGUGUAAGCUAUUUUACUUUGCCGGACAAGAAACAACGUCGGUUCUACUUAAUUGGACAAUGGUGUUAUUAAGUAGGUUUCCCAAUUGGCAAACACUAGCAAGAGAAGAGGUCAUCGAGAUUUUUGGUACAAAAGAACCAGACUACGAUGGAUUAAAUCGUCUAAAAGUUGUAACAAUGAUUUUGUGCGAGGUUCUAAGGCUAUACCCACCAGUUACUGCCAUUACCAGAGUUGUCCAAAAGGAAACUAAGGUUGGAAAUUUAACUCUACCUACCGGAGCACUUGCUAUUGUUCCAACCAUAUUGGUACACCAUGAUUGUGAUCUGUGGGGCAAUGACGUUAAAGAGUUCAAACCAGAAAGAUUCUCUGAAGGGGUCUUAAAGGCAACAAAUGGUCAAGUUUCAUUUCUACCAUUUGGAUGGGGUCCACGAAUAUGCAUUGGCCAAAACUUUGCUUUGCUUGAAGCCAAAAUGGCUUUGUGCUUAAUCCUACAAAACUUCUUCUUUGAGCUUUCUCCAUCAUAUAUUCAUGCUCCAAUAACAGUGAUAACUGUUCAACCUCAGUUUGGCACACCUAUCAUUUUACAUAAGUUGUAG